AUGCAUACACCUCGCUGGCGAUCCUGUGCACCUGCCGCUUAUCUGCAUGCUAUGGAGGAACUCGAAGGAGCGAGUAUACCGCAUAUGGCAUUAGAGGUGGCACAUGAACACUCAGUGAAGGCCUGUCGUGUGGGGCUUCGUGCCUUGGUUGCUGAUGGGGUCCACGACCUUCAGCCGCAGAUCACGAACAAGCGUGGACAACUUUACACCGUGCACGGAAAGGCGCCAGGCCUCAGGGAAAACUCGUGGAAAUCAACGUAUCUACGAGCGGAUCUUUCGAGGCAGUGA